CGCCGAGACGCACGCACGCCGCGCUGUGAUCGUGCGCGAACCUGUGCCGCGGCCGCCUCACGCAUUUGCCACGGGGAUAUCUCGUUCGUCACGGCUCUCGACCCCGUGCCACUUUCGCCUUCGAAACGUUCUCGUUCUAUAACCCCCCCCACUUUGGGUCACUUACUGUCUUAUCUUAUCCCCUGGUGAAACCGAGCGGUGAGUGACCUUGGACGGACGGUGCCGCGUUGAAUCGAAAAGUUUAAAUUCAAACCCAACGAAAUUGUGCAACGCAAACACGUGGGCCUGUUCUCGGUGGGUGCCAAAAUGUAACGCCAAAGCGGUGGGAGCAGCUGUGAGUUAAAGUGUGAUUUAAGGAGGCUCCUCAAACCCGAGUUCGGAUGGUGUUCCGAUUGUCAACCCGUUCGCCGUUGGGUAGUUCGCGGAAGCGCUAUUAGAACGGGCGCGUAAUCGAACGUAUGCGUGUGUUCCCGUUGCGUUGCGUCUGUCACCUCUACCAACGCACCGGAUUAUGCGUGUGACUAGCCGUUAGAAGCAACCGCCGAAGGAACCGAAUAAAAAUCAUAAAAAACGCAUCGUGGGGCGCCCGGUUUUUUUGGUGGUUCAGCAUAAUAUGCGUAACUUCGGCACGCAGUUCCCUUUCGCCGUUGACGCCAGCGUGUAUAAGUGUGCGCAUAUUAGGCAAUAGAUGACUCCCCCGAAGCCAAAGCGUGUGUCUCGCCUGUAAUAGUUCGGCCUGUUGGCAAUCCGUCGUCGUCGUCGAAGGGAUUAGCUCGGCUCGGUGGGGGCGACACUUUCGGUUUUGAGGGCGAGCGUCUUUUUGGCGCCCAAGACGACGAUCGUCCGCCCGCGAUCGCGAUCAUCAACCGUUGUCUCUGUUGGUGAUCCUCUUGCCGCGCGGAGUUGAACGUACGAAUGACAGCCGAGUCGCAGACGGAAGCUGAGAAAGAAGCGCGUUUCAAGAUCAAUCAACUCCAAUCAAGUGCCCGGAGUUACGGAGUUACCAACCGGGACCCCAACCUAACCUCUAAACACCGAAAAGUCCAACAAGGGAACUCGGCACUCCAGAAACACCGACGAAGACGAUGCACCGCGCUCAAGUGGCGUAAAUUGGUCCCGAUUGGUCCCGACUCCGCGACAGAGUAAGGUGCUUCGCCGUGAACAUUUCCUUGACGAUUGUGGCUCACCCCCCGGAAUAAGAGCUUAAUGAACGCUACAAACUCCGGCACCGGCAGCGUCCCGGUGGGUUGUCUAUUGUUUAGUGCCACCGAUCCCACCGGUGCGCUGAUCAAUAGCAACGCGAGAAGCAACCUGGCGAUGGAACCACCCAGGAUGUGGAAAGCCGACGAACCUUCGUGUGGCUUUGCGGACAGCAAACUUCCGCUGACGGUUUGUGCCAACAUGGCGGCGGACAGUUGUUACGAGGUGUCUAUGACGGGCAAGGCGAACGACGGAGCCGUCGCGGUGGACACACCGAACAAUCGCAUUCGCAUGGCACUGGGAGUGCUGAUCCGGCUGAUGCUUCCCCUGACGCACGGUGUCGCACGUGGCUGGAAAGGACUCCGGGGCCUAAGCGUGCUCGCGCUGCUCCGGAAGGUACGGGAAAGCCAAGGACUACUGACGACACUGUUUGCCUUCGCCGCCAACACGGUUUCGAUGAGCCUUUCAUCGGUGCAAGUUGCCCACCGGAUCGAUCCGUUGCUGCGUGUGAUCAAACUGCGCAAGGACUCCACGUCGACGGCGAUCAAAUCACCGGACCUGCAACCCGCCGCCACCACCCCCCAACAACUGCUCGCCGUAGCUCGAGUACCCCGACCGCUCUCGGAACAGUGUGUCGAUCUGGUGGUGCUAGCGGAACCGCCACCGGGUGAACCGAUCCGGGCCGACAUUGUGCUCAUCCACGGACUGCACGGAUCGCUCGUGAACACGUGGAAACAGGGCCUGUGGAACAGUGAGGGGCGCCUGGUCAACUUCGAGCGUCCACCGAAACCUCCGCUGAGGCCUCCGAAACGGCAGCGCCAUUCGCGGGCGAACCUUUUCGGACCACCACACAUUUCGAAGCGACCCAAGUUUGAUGCCGUACCGGCCGUUUGCGUACCUUGCGUGGACUUUGCGAGCGACGAGAGCCUGUCGCCCGAUGGCGCCUACAACGAAUCCCGGUCCACGUCGUACGAGUACGCCCAGCAACGGUUUACGUACGAAUGCGGAGAACCGGACGAGGUGCACUUUGCCGACGACGUUGAGUACAGCUUUCCGACCUUCCGAUUGCGGCUCGAGGAGCAGGAUCGUCGAACGCGUGGAAGCGCGGAAGUUCCGGAGUCGGCCUUCGACGCCAGGCCGAUCAGUGGCGGUAAGCGGAGGGUACCGAAACCGAAGAAGGACGCCAACUGGUCCGCUUGCUGGCCGGGCGAUUGGUUGCCACUGGAUUGUCCCGGAGUGCGCGUGAUGGCCCUGAACUAUACCACCGAUCCGUACCUUUGGCGACCGGUGUGGAUCACCAAGCGGAACAGAUCGAGUCUGGUGGAUCGUGCACGGGAGAUGAGCGAUCUUCUGAUAGCCAAGGGUGUCGGCCGGGGCCAUCCGAUCGUGUGGGUUGGCCACUCGAAGGGUGGCAUCUUUAUCAAGCAAAUCAUCGUGGACGCCUGGGAGAGUGGCCGACCGGCCGCCGAACCACUGUGGCGCAUGUCCCGCGGAACCUUCUUCUACUCCGUACCGCACCGGGGUUCUCCGCUGGCCGACUUCAAUCUGCCACUGCUGCGGCAAUCGGUGGAAUUGCUGGAAAUACAAAAAAAUUGUCCAAGUAUUCUGGAGCUACACAGUCGCUUCGUGGCCCUGUACCACAGUGGUCAGCUGAAGAUUGACGUGUUUAGCUUCGUCGAAACGGCCCUCACGCUUAUGUCCGUACUGUACCUGCGCAUCGUCGGGAUCGAUUCAGCUGAUCCCGGUAUCGGAGAGGUCUGUGGUGUGCAUCUGGAUCAUCGAGAAAUAUGUAAGCCUCGGAGCCGCGGAUGCAUUCUUUAUACGGAGCUGGUCAAAAUGAUCAACCGUGUAAGCUAAAGGGCAACCAACAGAGAGAGAGUUGCGGCGUGUUUG